AGAGAGACGGGGAGUCGGGGCGUCAUAGUUCCCUCCGUUGUCUUUGUGGACGCGUCACACCCACUUCCGGGUUUUCUACGCCGGUGCGCUCGCGAACCGUCGGACGCGCGGGUGACCCGGGCAGCUGCGGGGCUCGCACGGGGAGGAGUUAGGAGGGGUGGGGGACGUCUCCCUAGCAACAGGUGUAGCGGCUCCGGAAACUUCCGCCGACGGCACCAGUACACGCAACAUGUCGCUGCCGCGCCAGCUGAGGGGCGAAAGUGACUUCGACCAACUUCCGAAUGACGUCCCUGUGAGCGCCGCCAUCGCCGACGUCGAGGAGAAGAAAGGCUUCAUCGACUACUUCAUGGGGGAAAGACUCAGCACACCAAGCCACAAAGUCAUCCAUCACCGGCCCCUGAUCCCGUUCCUCCCCUUCAGGGAGGCUGACAAUAACGGUAAAAUCUACAUCGGCAACAAACAGGAGAUUGCCGAGAGCAGGAUUCCUGAGCUCAAUACUUACAUGAAGAGAUUGCUGAGUCUGCCAACAUGGCUCCUGCUAGACGACACUCUCAGGAUCUUCUUCUACCAGACGGAGCAGGACAGCCAGCACCGACCUCGAGCCCUCCGGCGCCUCCGCCCGCCCACACGCAAAGUGAAAAAUCAAGAAGUCAAACCAAAGAUGGAUCUUUUCUCUUCCCCCAGAGCUGAGGCGAUGUUCGACUUUCGCGGCAACGACAAACUGGAGCUGAGCCUGAAGAAGGGAGAGGUGAUCUUCCUGCUGCGCCGAGUCAACGCUGACUGGCUGGAGGGAACAGUGAACAAUCAGACAGGUAUUUUCCCAGAGACCUUUGUCGAGAUCAUUAAGCCGCUGCCAGAAGCUGUGGGGGACGAAGCCUCUUCCGCCCAUUCCUACAGCUGUUUACGCUGCUACCUGCUCACCCCCUCUGGAGUUGAUACCAGGGAUGUGUGUGUAGAAGAGGACAUCACCUCCCAGCCAUCAUACGACGAGCUGCUGUCUCGUAUGAGAAACGUCUUCAAGUUGGACAACAUAGCCCUCAACUAUCGUGACCCGGAAGGCGACCUGAUCCGAAUCCUCGACGACGAAGACGUCGCGCUGAUGAUCCGGGAGGGCAGGGCUCAGCGCCGUGGGGAAAAGCGACCCGUCAAUCAGUUUCUGUGGGAGCUGCACGUGACCAUGGCUGCCGACCUGUCCGUCUACGGCCCCAAGAUCUGAGAGACGCAGAAAGACACACAUACAGAGAGAGAGAUGUGCUGUAGAGUGUGAGACCUACAGAGAAGGCAAGCCGGACACGUAGUUACUGCACACACAUGUUACACAAAAAAAAGCGUGUUGCUAAUGUUUGUUGCGUGUUGUUAGCAUGUCGGUGUUUGGGAAGGUUUCUUUACUGCACUCGUGGUUCCAGUUUUUGUGCAGAACCCAGUACAGUUCGCCGGUAAUCAAUACACAUUGUUACAAAAUGCUGCUUGUCAUCUGUCACAUCUUACACACUUAGAUUGUUUUGCUUUGUUUUUGCUUUGUCUUACACUUCAAUACAUCGGUGUU